UCAUCAGAGAGUCAUCUACAAUGAUCAUGAUGGAGAUGCAGUAUAAUAAUAGUGAUGGAUAUGUGUUGGAUGAGUAUAUGACACAGGAGGAUGAGUGGGACAGAGAUCUACUGCUCGACCCCGCGUGGGAGAAACAGCAGAGGAAGACGUUCACAGCCUGGUGUAACUCUCACCUGCGUAAAGCAGGAACCCAGAUCGAGAACAUCGAAGAAGAUUUCAGGAAUGGACUGAAGCUGAUGCUCUUGCUGGAGGUCAUCUCAGGCGAAAGGCUUCCCAGACCAGACCGAGGAAAGAUGCGCUUCCACAAAAUAGCCAACGUGAACAAAGCUCUGGAAUACAUCACCAGUAAAGGUGUUAAAUUGGUGUCCAUCGGUGCUGAAGAAAUUGUUGAUGGGAAUUUGAAGAUGACUCUCGGAAUGAUCUGGACCAUCAUCCUCCGCUUUGCCAUCCAGGACAUCUCCGUAGAGGAAACGUCGGCUAAAGAAGGUCUUUUGCUGUGGUGUCAGAGGAAGACGGCUCCCUACAGGAACGUCAAUGUACAAAACUUCCAUUGCAGUUGGAAGGACGGUUUGGCGUUCUGUGCGCUCAUUCACAGACACAGACCUGACCUGAUCGACUACGCCAAACUCAACAAGGACGAUCCUCUUGGAAAUCUGAAUCUGGCUUUGGAAAUCGCAGAGAAACACCUGGACAUCCCGAAAAUGUUGGACCCAGAAGACAUCAUCAGCACCCCAAAGCCUGACGAACGAGCUAUCAUGACGUAUGUGUCCUGCUUCUAUCACGCUUUUGCUGGUGCAGAACAGGCAGAAACAGCUGCUAACAGGAUCUGUAAGGUGCUCGGUGUGAAUCAAGAAAAUGAGAAACUGAUGGAGGAAUAUGAGCGACUGGCCAGUGAGCUGUUGGAGUGGAUUCGUCGCACAACGCCGUGGCUGGAGAACCGAACGCCAGAGAACACGAUGGCCACGAUGAGACGGAAGCUGGAGGAUUUCAGGGAUUAUCGGCGCAUGCACAAACCACCCAAAGUUCAGGAGAAAUGUCAGCUGGAGAUCAGCUUUAACACGCUUCAGACUAAACUGCGCAUCAGCAACAGACCUGCGUUCAUGCCCUCAGAGGGGAAGAUGGUGUCUGACAUCUCGAGUGCGUGGCAGGGUCUCGAGCAGGUAGAGAAGGGUUAUGAGGAAUGGCUGCUUAGUGAAAUUCGUCGUCUGGAGCGUGUGGAACAUCUGGCUGAGAAGUUCCAGCAGAAAACAGCCACGCAUGAGAGCUGGGCACAGGGCAAAGAUCAGCUGUUAAUUCUGAAGGAUUAUGAGAGUGCAUCACUGAUGGAGGUGAGAGCGCUGCUACGGAAACACGAGGCAUUUGAGAGUGACCUCGCCGCACAUCAGGACAGAGUGGAGCAGAUCGCAGCCAUAGCACAGGAACUCAAUGAGCUGGAUUAUCAUGCGGCUGGUGUGAUCAAUGAGCACUGUCAACAGAUCUGUGAUCUCUGGGAUCGACUGGGAACUUUGACGCAGAAACGCAGAGAAGCGCUUGAGAGGACAGAGAAGCUCCUGGAAACGAUCGAUCAGCUGUUUCUAGAGUUUGCGAAAAGAUCCGCUCCGUUCAAUAACUGGAUGGAUGGAGCCAUGGAGGAUCUGCAGGACAUGUUCAUUGUGCACUCAGUGGAGGAAGUUCAGAAACUGAUCUCAGGACAUGAUCAGUUUAAAGUGACGUUACCUGAGGCCGACAGUGAGCGUCAAGCGAUCCUGAGCAUUUGUAAUGAGGUGCAGAAGAUCGUUCAGAGUUACGGCCUCUCCACUAACCUCACCAACAUCUACUGCACCAUCACACCUGAACAGAUCAACCAGAAGUGGGAGAAGGUGAAGAAGCUGGUUCCUCAGAGAGACAGCACUCUACAGGAGGAAUUAUCCAGACAGUAUGUUAACGAGAGACUGAGACGUCAGUUUGCUGCUCAGGCGAACAUCAUCGGACCCUGGAUACAGACACGCAUGGAGGAAAUCGCUCACAGUUUGGUGGAUUUGGGUGGAACGCUGGAAGAUCAGAUGACUCAAAUGAAACAAUACGAGCACGUCAUCAUCAAGUACAAACCAAACAUAGACAAACUAGAGGAGGACCACCAAGUCAUCCAAGAGUCUCUUAUAUUUGACAACAAACACACUAACUACACUAUGGAGCACAUCCGUGUGGGAUGGGAGGUACUGCUCACCACGAUCGCUCGCACCAUCAACGAGAUCGAGACUCAGAUUCUGAUGCGUGACGCUAAAGGCAUCAGCCAACAACAACUCAACAGCUUCAGAUCUUCCUUCACACACUUUGACCGGAAGAAGAAGGGCGGUAUGGAAACAGACGACUUCAGGGCCUGUCUGAUCUCCAUGGGUUAUGAUCUGGGGGAAGCAGAGUUUGCGCGCAUCAUGUCAUUGGUCGACCCGAACGGUUCUGGUACGGUGUCGUUUCAGUCCUUUGUGGACUUUAUGACUCGUGAGACCGGAGACACAGAUACUGCCGAACAGGUCGUUGCUUCCUUUAGAAUCCUGGCUGCGGAUAAGCCGUAUAUUCUGAUGGAUGAACUCCGUCGUGAGCUGCCCCCGGAGCAAGCGGAGUACUGCAUCUCCAGAAUGCCCCCUUAUACAGGACCUGAUGGAGUCCCGGGAGCUUUGGACUACACCGCUUUAUCUACUGCCCUCUUUGGAGAGAGUGACCUGUAGCUCUCUGGGGCAGAACCGCACCCUCAUUUAAAACUACAACACUGCCAUGUUUCAUGUUUCUCUCUUACUCGCAACCAUUUUUGGCUCUUUUAAAUGAAUAUAUUUGCAAUAAUAACAUCUUAAAAGUGUGCUUAUAUGCUGUGAAGCUUUACUGAGGAGAAAAAUGUACACAUUUACUGUGUGUUCAGAUUUAAACUAAAGUGUUUUAGGAGUUGAUUUAUGACUUGCAUGAAUUAUACAGUGGGGUCCAAAAGUCGAAAAUCUGGGAUGCAUUUCAUUUAAACCUGGAAAUAAAGUUUUUUGAAAAAGAACAAAUUUAAACAAAGAACAAUUAUGACUCAGAAUUAAGAAGAUUUCUAGGUGACUAAUCAAAUGUAAGUUAAGAAGUGCCACUGAUCGUAUUAACUUCCAUUUUUAGUACACCUUUUUCUCCCAAUUUGGAAUGCCCAAUUUCCAAUGCGCUCUAAGUCCUCGUGGUGGCGUAGUGACUCGCCUCAAUCCGGGUGGUGGAGGACGAAUCUCAGUUGCCUCCGCGUCCGAGACCGUCAAUCCGCGCAUCUCAUCACGUGACUUGUUGAGCGCGUUACCAUGGAGACAUAGCGCGUGUGGAGGCUUCACGCUAUUCUCCGUGGCAUCCAUGCACAACUCACCACACGCCCCACCGAGAGCGAGAACCACAUUAUAGCGACCACAAGGAGGUUACCCCAUGUGACUAUACCCACCCUAGCAACCGGGCCAAUUUGGUUGCUUAGGAGACCUGGCUGGAGUCACUCAGCACACCCUGGAUUCAAACUCGCGACUCCAGGUGUGCUAGUCAUCGUCUUUACUCGCUGAGAUAACCAGACCCCCAGUACACAUGUUUUUGAGAACAUUUUCAAAUCAUGCUGGAGAACAUGGUCAUCAGGUUUAUUCAUGUCAGUUCCAGUGCUGCUGUUAUUAAAGCAAAAGAGCGAAAGACCGAAUACAAAAAGAAUUUUCUCAAAUUGUUAUGCAGAAUAUUUACAUUUCAAUGAAAAUAAAUGCAUUAAAGGAAUAUUCUAGGUUAAAUACAAGUUAAACUCAAUCAACAGCAUUUGUGGCAUAAUAUUGAUUGCCACAAAAAUUACAUUUGACUCGUUCCUCCUUUUCUUUAAAAAAGCACUUACAAUGGAAGUCAAUGGGGCCAAUUUUUGGAGGGUUUAAAGUCAGAAAUGUGAAGCUUAUAAUUUUAUAAAAGCACUUUUAAAACUCAUGUGUUAUUUGAGCUAUAAAGUUGUUUAAAUCAUCAUUUUUACAGUCGUUUUAGGUUUUAGUUUUGCGCCAUUACAUCGUCAUGGCAACAAAGUUAUAAAAUUGGCUAUACCUUUCCACAGAUGUGGUUAGUAAGUGAUUUUAUCACAGUAAAAUCAUGUUAACACACAUAUUGUUUAUGUCUUGUGUCUAUACUUUUAAAAUAGUGAGUAUUUUAACCAAUGUUGGGUAAGUUACUAUAAAAAAGUAAUUAAUUACUAACAACUAAUUACAUCUUCUACAUUGUAAUUAGAUUACUCUGUCUGAAAAGUAACUGCAUUACUUGUUACUAAUUACUUUGUAAAACCCCUGAUCAACCUCGACCGGAUGAAAAAUACAAGGAUAGACAUGAAACUGUUCUUCUAAUUCUUUCAAAUAAAUCAUAUAAAAUCCAAUAUAUUAUUCAUGAGCUGGCCAAAGAAUUUAAAGGGGCAGCGUUAAAUUAGAUAACAUAUAUUUUAACAUUAGACAUUAAAUUUCAAUUUUAAAUUCACUAUUGUUUUAUAUAUAAUCAUUCUAUAGUCUAUACAAUAUUUAACACAGUUACAUCAGAAGUAACUGUAAUUAAAUUACUGAAAAAUUAAGAGUAAACCCUUACUUUUUUCAAUGAAAAAGUAAUUUAAUUAUAGUAAUUAAUUACUUAGUAAUGCAUUACACCCAACACUGAUUUUAACGUUUACGGAUUGGCCCAGUUGACUUCCAUUGCAACCCAAAUUUUUGCUUUUUUUAUUUGUAUUUUUUAAGAAAAGGAGUGACGAGUCUAAAUUAAUUUUGUGGUGAUCAACAUUAUGGCACAAAUGCUGUCGAUUGAACUUAACUUGUAUUGGACCUGGGAUAUUCCUUUAAAUUGCAAUUAAAUUGCAAUUAAAUUUAACAACAGGAGUGGCCUCAGACUUUUGGAUUUCACUGUAUAUUCUCAUGAUAUUUUGAAUUAUUUAUCUUCAGAAUAAUUAAUGAUAGUGGUGGGCUGCUAUGCAAUAUUUUAUGACCUCAAAGCCCUUAACCAGGUGUACGGAAGACAACCUUCCCAUACUGAACAAUGAAGCGUACAGGGAUAUUUUAGUUUGCAGUGUCUGUUUAUGAUCAGUAUACUGCAAAAAAAAAAAAAAAAAAAAAAAAAAUCACAUACUUAUUGAGGAUCUGUGUCUUGUUUUCCAGUAAAAUAAUUCAAACUUCCUUAAAACAAGAUAUAUUUACUAGAAGCAAAAAUUACCAAAGAUAUUUAGAUGGUUUCACCUGCUUAUAACAACACUCAAAAAAUAUUUAGCUUUUUUUUAAAACAAUUUUUAAGAUCUACGCAUCUUAAUUUCAUAACAAAAUUCCACCAAAUUGAGUCAAGUUUAACAAAAUUUAAUUUAACUUGAAUAAAUUUACAUUUUAUUAAUAACAUUUUUUCUUAAAGAUUACUUGAUUCAAUUUGAUGGAAUUUUGUUAUGAAAUUAAAAAUGUGUAAAUCUUAAAAAUAGGCUACAUUUGUUUUUGAGUAAAGUGAAGGCCAAAUACACUUACAUUAUAUAAGUUAUUAUAUGCAGUGUUGUUUUUCAGGUAAAUGUAUCUUGUUUAAAAGAUGUUAGGAUAUUUUAGUGAAAAAACAAAACCAUAUGUACUCCAUAAAAACAUGAUGUUUUGUGUAAGAAGGCAAAAAUUGUAUCAGAUAAUAUGUAGCCUAUUCAUUACAGACAACAAAGUUUAAAGUUUAAAUAAACCCCAGUAAA